UGAACGUGAGACGCGAGCGGCCGAGCGGCGAGCCGUCUUCACAAUCAUUCAUUAUUCAUUCGCGCUCCGAGUAGUGCGGACGUCAUAGCAUCUUGUUUUUGGUGUCGUGGUGUCGUUGUGUUUUUCAAUAACUCUACCACUUUAGUGUAAAAAUAAUAAAUAAUGAAAUCCAAGAAGCGUCAUCACACAUCCUCUGAGGAUUCUGAGGAAUCUGAUGUAAGUGAAAAUAGCAGUUCUUCUGGUAGCGAGAGUGACGAUUCUUCGGUGUCGGAACACCGCUACAACAAAAAGAAAAAGAAACGUGCUGAAUCUUCUGAGUCGGAGAGUGAUUCUGAAGAUCAGAAACGCUCAAAGAAGCGGAAGCAUAAGAAAAAGAAGAAGAAGCACAGUAAGAAAAAGAGGCGUUCAGAUUCUGCGGAAGAAAGCGGCUCUGGCGCGGAAGAUGUGUCUUCAGUAAGUGAAGGCGAAAUAUCUUCAAAGAAGAAACGGAAACAUAAGCGCAAACAUAAAAGACCACGCAGUACUUCGGCUGGCGCACAAGAUGAAGAACAAACCCAGCGCCGUCUGCAUAGCGUGGUCAAAGAACGCCGCGAGUCUUCAGAAGAAGCAAAUCCUCCAAUAAGGUCCUACUAUAACCAGAAAGAAUACCAAAGAUCAGUGUCUCCUGAAGAAUAUGAAAGGGAACGUGAAGUGCAACGUUUUUACCGUGGAUCCAGCAAGGAAAGGAGGCAGCAGUAUCAAGAACAAUAUCAACAGUACGACAGGGAACACAAUGACAGAUAUACACAAUAUCAAGACAAAAAUGAUAGAUAUAGAGAGAAAUUUGGCCAAAGCUCCCAAUAUCAUGAUCCUAAUGAAGAACAUAAUAGACGUCAGAGGGAUUAUGACUAUAAAAGGAAUCACAGAUAUGAAGACCAUAGGUCUCCCAAAGAAGAAUAUCAGAGGCGGCCUAGAGAACAUGAAGAGCGCUACCAUCCAAGGGAUGAUUCUAGAGGGUUAAACCGUUUCAAUCAGUUUGAAGAGCGAGGAGGCCCAAAAAGGCGGGAGUAUGAAGAUAGAAGAGACUAUCGUGAAAGGCGUGGUCCACCUGACAACGACCGCUACCGCGAGAGGGACUAUCCAGACAGGAAGGAGAGGUACCAUGAAGAAGGAUUUGCACCUGAGAGGGCACGCGAAGUUCGUCGUGAAAAGGUGAUGGCAACAGCUGGCAGACCUGACAAGCCUGCGUCGCACAGGGAACGUUCCAGAUCACGAAGUCAAGAAGACCGUUUCAAGGAUCGUGGUCGCCGACCAGAGAGACCAGAAGCGAGAGAAGAAAGGUUCAGAGAUGGACGUCCUGACGAGAGAAGAGACGGGCGCGGUGACGAAAGGCGGGAUGGCCGGGGCGACGAGAGAAGAGACAGCCGGGUUGACGACAGAAGAGAUGGACGCGGAGAAGAAAGAAGGGACGCGCGGCCUGAAGAAAGGAGAGACCGAGGCGACGACAGGAGAGACCGGCCUGGACGAAAUGAAGAUCGGAAUGCCGACCGUGGCCGACCUCCAAUCAAAACGGAACCUAAAUCACGUGAUCGCAAAUCCAGAUUUGCAGAUGCGGACGAUAACAAGGAGUACGACUGGGGCAAAGCCGAGGUUAAGAAAGAGGAUGGCAAGACUCCAGCAGAUAAGGAAAAGCCUAACUUUGGUUUGUCUGGCAAACUGACAGCGGACGCCAAUACGGUUAAUGGGGUUGUGAUCAAGUACACCGAGCCCGACGAUGCUAAGCAACCUAAGAGGAGAUGGAGAUUCUAUCCCUUCAAAGGAGACAAAGCAUUGCCUAUCCUGUACAUACACCGUCAGUCAGCGUUCCUGAUCGGGCGAGACAAGAAAGUGGUGGACAUCGCAUUGGAGCACCCUUCCAUUAGCAAGCAACACGCGGCGCUGCAAUACCGUGCCACGCCGUUCACGAGACCCGACGGCACGCAAGGACGCAGGGUUAGACCUUACGUCAUAGAUUUAGAAUCUGCAAACGGUACUUUCGUAAAUAAUAAGAAAAUCGAAGCCCGUCGGUAUGUGGAAUUACUUGAGCGCGACGUGGUGAAGUUUGGGUUCUCCCAGAGGGAGUACGUGCUUCUACACGAGAACAGCAAGGACGACGCACAGGACGACGACCACCACGACCCACCCGCUAUCGGGGGCAAUGUCACCACCACCGAACAGUUGAAGCACGAGAAACGGAUAAAGCAAGAAAUUGCCGAAGACGGCGAAUAGAUAAGUCUAGUUAUAAUUAUGUAAUUACUACAUAGAAUUUAUAUUUAGUUAAGAAAGUUAUAUUUUAUUUUUAUUAUUAGAUAAAUUUUAGUUUGUAGUAAAUAUCCGCGAUAGCAAUAUUUUUUCGAGGAUAUUGACAUCUUAAUGUUAUUGACUACCUCGAUUUAUUUACAGAAUUAGCAAUGUAACAUAUUUGUCUUACUUAAACCGUGUAACGCGUCUAUCUACUUUUUCUUCCUUCUAAGUAAUCAGUAGUUUUCGAAACUAUACAAAAUAUCGAUGAUAUUUACUUAGUAUAAAGUACUUCUUGGAUUUAGUAUGAGCAUAAUACUUAUGCUAUUUAUUACAUGUCUAUCAAAUUCGUCAUUAAUUAACACUCCUGAAAAAGAAAAUAGAUUUAUGGCGACCGCGCGUCAGCCUUUGAUGAUUUAAUGAUGGAUUGAGGUAGUUUGUUAUUGUGUUGUGUUUUUGGCGCUUCAAGAUUGUGAUGUAUAAUACCUAAAGGUACAUAUAAAAUGAGCGUAAAUGUGAAGCAAGGGGGCAAUAACGAUGUGAGACUUAAUAGUUGUUAUUUAGCUUAUUUUUAUGUAAGUGGGUGAGCCUUUUUAGUAAUGAUUAUUACCUUGUUUGCUUUAUGUUUAUACCGCAAAUAAUUCAUUAUUAGAAAAAAUAUUUACUAUGCAUUGUACAUUUCGAUAUACCUUUGUUUUGUAAUUAGUCAACUAAAAAGUACAUUGCAUUUUAGUGCACUACCUACAUACCAAACCAAAAUGUAUAACAUACUUAGGUACUACGUUUUUGUAGAAUUUAUCUAAAUCUAUUUCAAUUAUACUUAUUUUUGUUUAGAAAUAGAAAUAACUUAAGGUAAUAAAUUAAUCGUAUCAUAUAUCAAAUAAAAAUAAUAAUAGGCA